CUUCCCGGCCCGGCCCGGGCCCCCUGCUUUCCCCCUGUCUGGGUCCCCCUUGGGCGGGGCAGGGCCAGCCGGGGAGGGGGCGCGGGGCCUUUGUUAGGGAGCCAGGCCCCAGCCCCCCGGACAAUAGAGACACCCUCCCGGACUCCCUCCCCGGCCGGCCGGAGCUGUCGGCGGGCAGGGAAGGAGAGGGGCCGGGACGCGUCCCACUCUGCCUACUCUCUGGGGGUCGGGCUGUCCCGGACCGGCGCUGGCCUCCGGCGGCUCGGCUCUCCUCCCCCCAGUCGGUAUGAUGCAGCAGCAGUGCCGCAGGGACGGGGGAAGAGCCGAGGCCCGGCCUCCUAUCCUCCCCAGUGCCCCUGGCUCAUUUGUCAAUCCCCACCCCACUCUAGGCCGGCAGCUCCUCAAACUCGUACCCUCCGCUGAGAGGGGCCCCGGACUCGGGGCGUUGUUUCUGAAUCCUUUGGUGGGGGUUCCUGGACUUUGAGGCUCUUAGAGAGACUUCCGGGCUGGUCCUGAGGGAGGGAGGGUGGUUAUCUAAAAGAAGAACAGGUAAGGGGAGUGCCCACUCCUGGCAUGCCAUCCCACCGGGCCACCCCCCUCUUGCUCACAGUGGUUAGAAAUGCCCCUUAGCACUGGGCUUCUGUGGGCUCUGUUCCCCUCCCUUAGUGGUAGGCUUAUUUUAAGAGAAGGCAGAGUGGGGUGAAGGUUGUAGGGGCCUAGGACCAUUUCUACUUCUGGUAGCAGUACCCCCCCAAGUGGACAUCCCGGCUGAAAGCAGAGGUGACUCUGAGGAGAGCCUUUAGGGAAGGGGGGGUGUAUUUAGGAGUCUGUGCAGUUCUUUGCCACACCCUGUGGGUUUGCUUUGAGGCCUUAGAGUUCCUUCUCCUCCCCCUGCUGCAUUGCACCAUGGGUAUCAAAGAGGGGUUUGAGUUUUGGGGACCUGGGGUGAGCUGCUGCCUCCUAUAGAGCUAGAUCUGAUUGGCAGUAGAUAAAGAGUCCAGAGCCUAAGCUCAGGCCUGGGAAGGACUAGGCCACCUUUGGGUUUCCAAGCCCUGGAGGACCAUCCAGAAUUAGUGAGCCUGGGCCUUGGGGUAGGAGAGACCCUGGUGCCAGGAUUAAGCUAUGGGCUUAGGUGGGAGGGGAGGUGGCAGUCUUCAGAGGUACCUUGGACUCAUACCAACGCCCACCCCCCCAUGUGUACAGCCGUGUUGCCGCCCGCUGUGCUAUGAACAGUCAGAGUGCCGUCUCCACAAGAGUUUACAAAUGAAAAUGGAGGAAAUGUCUUUGUCUGGCCUGGAUAACAGCAAACUAGAGGGAAUAGUCAGCCGAAAAGGCCCAAGGAUCCGGGAAGAAGAAAGAACACAAAGUCAAGAUGGGGAAAAUGGCAAAGAAAGGAUUAUUUUUGGCCAGGGCCAUCGCUCAGGAGAUAUAUGCGGACCUGGUCGAGGAUUCUUGUUUGGGAUUCUGCUUUGAGGUACACCGGGCUGUCAAGUGUGGCUACUUCUUCCUGGAUGACACGGACCCUGAGAGCAUGAAGGAUUUUGAGAUUGUGGACCAGCCGGGAUUGGACAUCUUUGGACAGGUUUUCAACCAGUGGAAGAGCAAGGAGUGUGUUUGCCCCAAUUGUAGCCGCAGCAUUGCUGCCUCCCGCUUUGCUCCCCAUCUGGAGAAGUGCCUGGGAAUGGGUCGGAACAGCAGCCGCAUCGCCAACCGCCGGAUUGCCAAUAGCAACAAUAUGAACAAGUCUGAGAGUGACCAAGAGGAUAACGAUGACAUCAAUGACAACGACUGGUCCUAUGGCUCGGAGAAGAAAGCCAAGAAGAGAAAAUCAGACAAGCUAUGGUAUCUCCCAUUCCAGAACCCCAAUUCCCCUCGAAGAUCCAAGUCUUUAAAACACAAAAAUGGGUUCUCUGUCUGUACCUCUGCAUCAAACACCCUUCCCCUUCUUUUUUCUUCUUCAGGGGAACUUAGCAAUUCGGAUCCUUUUAAGUAUAACAACUCAACUGGGAUCAGCUAUGAGACCCUGGGGCCAGAGGAGCUGCGAAGCCUGCUCACCACGCAAUGUGGGGUGAUUUCUGAACACACCAAGAAGAUGUGCACAAGGUCCCUACGCUGUCCCCAGCACACAGAUGAGCAGCGGAGAGCUGUGCGGAUUUAUUUCCUCGGGUCCUCAGCCGUCCUUCCAGAGGUCGAGAGCUCGCUGGAUAACGACAGCUUUGACAUGACGGACAGCCAGGCCCUGAUCAGCCGGCUUCAGUGGGAUGGCUCCUCUGACCUCUCACCCUCUGAUUCGGGCUCCUCCAAGACGAGUGAGAAUCAGGGAUGGGGUCUAGGUACCAACAGCUCUGAGUCACGGAAGACCAAGAAAAAGAAAUCCCAUCUGAGCCUGGUAGGGACUGCCUCCAGCCUGGGCUCGAACAAGAAAAAGAAGCCAAAGCCACCGGCACCCCCAACGCCCAGCAUCUAUGAUGACAUCAACUGACUUGGGUGCAAGGGAUAGCCUUUGGCUGAGCAGAGCCCUCUCUCCCAACCCCCACCCAGGUGGCAGAGCCUGGCAAAUGGACGGCUGCUGGGGGUUUGGGCAUGGGAAGCUUGGUGGGCCAGGCAGGCAGAGGAUCCAAUUAUGCACCCCUGGGGGGUGGCAGGGUCCUCUGCAACGGAGCACGAACCCUCGGCGUACAGGACUCAGACCUGGACAUAUUAUGCCUUGGACAUAAGUUUGGUGGGGAGACAGCUUUCCUAUUUAUUCUGUGAGUUACUGGAUGUCCAGCCAGGCCAGGGGCCUGGCUUGGGCACUGUGCCAGGGCACUGCCUGCCCCCCACCCCAGGAACUGGACUACGCCCUGCCGAGGGGCAUUGUGGCUGCCCGGGAGGCUGUGGGUUGGAAGCUGAGCCUGGAGGGGGCUUCCCCCAGCUGCCCUCAGCAAUGUGAAUGGGUCCGGUGCUUGGAGCUGAGGGGCAGGGCUGGGCCGUGUCCUGUCUGUGUGCAGAAUCCUAUCAGAUGCCCCCAUUCCUAGGGGUAGGCAGGCACAGAGUGCUGUCUGCUGAGGUAGGCGUCCAGAACUGCCGCCACCUUCCCUGCCCCUUACAGGGGCAGCCCUUUCCCCUCAGUCCCCAUGGGCCUCCUUGGCAGCCGGAGCUGUCCUUGUGCCUCUGCAGCUUCAAGGAAUGGGAAAGGGGAGGGUAGGAAGAGGGAGCUGUGUAUCAAAAUUACUCCCCACCCUACCUUUCUCCCCUGCCCCAGGGCUGGUGAGGAGUGGGGCCCCAAGGUGAGAGGGAACGGUGCUGCUUUAUUUGAAAUGUUUUCUUACCUCAUUCCCUGCCCCAGGAAGGGGCCCAGCCUCGCCCUCCUGGGGUGGCCCCAUGUUCCUCCUGCCUACCCUGCCCUAUUGCCCUACUGGGGCAGCCCAAGUUCCCAGCUGCUGCUUGCUACCCCCUCUUCCACCUUGAUCAGCUUCAGUUCCUCUCUCUAUGCUCCUGCCUCUGAAGUCUGCCCUCUUUCCCCUUCCCUUGGCCGCUUUUAAGUUAUUUAUUCUGUACUCGUGGUUCGGGGCUCUGAGGAAAUCCUGACCUUGUGCCUCCCCCCUUUGCUUAGGAGUAGGGUGGGAAGAGAGGGUAUUCUCUGUGCUCUGGGUUGUUAGUGGAGGAAGGGGUGUCAUGCCUAGGUAUUGCUCCUCUGUGGGGCUCUCAUGCCAGUGUGCCCACCUGCCUGGUCUACAUCCUGAGAUUUACUGUCCCACCUCCAGUGGGCACUGCCACUUCAGGAGCCAAGCUAUAGGACAGUAGUCUGGGCUGGGAGCAGAGCUGACUGACAGGGAUGGAGUUAGUGACCCUGAGCCAUGUUCGCUGGCACUCGCUGGAAAUGUCCCCUGCCCCUCCUCCCAGGAGGAGCCAUUCUAGUACCCAGGACUGGUUGGACUAGAGAGUUAAGGGAACAACAGAGAUAGGGCCCUAAUACGCUGUCUGGAACCCCAUUUUCCCCCCUGGGGUUGUUCUGAUUGUGGCUGAUGCCUGGUUACAAAUUGGUUUUUAACCCCAGAAUUGUGAUUAUUUUUUAAAACGCCAAGCAAAUUUUAGCAGGAGUUAGGGUACAUCCUGGGGCCUGGGCUCCCCUGCUUUUGACCCUUCAUAACCUUCUCCCUCUAAGGGGAAGCCAGAGGGAAAGGAGGAUCUCAGCAAGCCUCCAGCCUGCUUCCAAAGGAAGUCUUGGGAGUAGGUUGAAGGUGAAGGGAGGAAGGCCACAGGCCACUCUCCCUUCUGAGAGGCAGCUGCAGCUCAGGCCCUAAUAUACCCUUUCCCCUCUGGCCUCUCCCUUUCCCCCUUCUGGCUGGAGGAGGGAGAAGUGGGAAGUAGUUUGGGAACUGGUUUGUCCACAUCAACUUCCCCAUUGUUCCUUGGUCCGCCCUCAGGGCAGAGCCCCCUGCCCAGGCUGGGUAAGAGAUGGGCUUGGUCCAGCAGGGACCCUGAGGGAACCCCCUUUCCUUUUGGGGAGAGCGCCCCCCUACCAUGUAGUUGAACUGGGGCUAGGAGCUCCCCACUCCCCUCUUAACAGCAGGCUGUGUGGGUUUCAAUGCCCAUCCUUCCCACCCCCCGGCUAGGUGUCGUCCACCCUGUAUCCUAUCAUGUGUCUAAGUGUGUGUGGGGGGGUUCUGUACUGAUUUCCAUGGCCGGUGGCUUUUCCUUCCAUGCAUCACUCCCCCCCGCAUGCCCAGGGGCCACCCGCCUGGCAUUACCGCAUGCUGGGGUCAUUGGGGGAGGGGGGGUGGGGCUCACACUGUCCUGUGGUCUUGAGAAUUUUAUUUUUGCAUAUGUAAUCCAUCCUGUACAGGUAGCUAACUUUGUAAACGCUGUGUAUUCCCCCGCCCCCAUGGCUGCUGGUGUAAAUAAACUGCAUCUCCCGUUGGUA